ACUGCAGGACUGUGUUUCAGGGGGUGUGAAUUAUGGGCCCCUGCUGUUACUGUGACUGCUCUGCGUUGGGCAUUUCACCUCGCCACCGUAAAUUUGAAAAGGGGAUUACAUUUAGCUGACUACUGAUUUUGAAGCCGUAUAGCUUGACCAAGUGCAGACAACUGGCCGGUUCCCCUGAGAAGACUUAAUAGUCUACUGUCCGCAAUUGCAGGAUUUGGGAUUUUACAGGGGUCUGAACGAGGCUACUGGGAAAUAAAGCGUAUUCUGGAUCACAGAAAGCCCCAAUAGGUUGCCGUUUACGCAUUUAGACUACGGACUCUUUUUCUCCAGGAACAAAAAAAAAAAAAAAAAAAACGUUUUGUAGUUGACUGGGCGUUUUGGACGCGCUCGGUAAACGGUGAUGCUACGGCGGCGCGCAGGAAGCGUAGAGGGAAGAGACAGGUGAGGUGCGGCUGAGGAGCUGCUGUUGUAUUUCAGAGAGGCUUUGGAUUCCGAGAGCCGUGGUAUCCAGCACCCUUUUCUCCACAGAGAGGAAGAAAAGCGACCGGAGAGGGCGAGUUGGCGACUGGCACCUGCCUCCGCUCCCUACCUGGCCAUCUGGUGCGUGCAUGUGUGUUGCUGCCAUGGCGACCGUGGCUCCUCUCUUCACAUGUAUUCUCCUGCUGCUUCAACUGGCGGAUGGCUCAUUCCCAGAGGAACCCAGUCCACUCAGCUACGUCCCCGUAGAGGUUGUGCGGAGGUAUCCGGUGUUCUUGGGCAGAGCUCAUCGUUCAGCUCAGAGACAGGAGCUGCAUAUUCAGACGGUCCUCCAAGUCAACCGCACGCUCUACAUAGGAGCCAGAGAUGACUUGUACAGAGUGGAGCUGGAUAACAUGGCAGGUGAUGAGAUGUUCUACAGCAAGAAACGGACGUGGGAAUCCAAUAAGAACGACAUCCGAGUGUGCCGGAUGAAGGGCAAACACGAGGGAGAGUGCCGUAAUUUCAUCAAGGUUUUGCUCAGCCAGCAUGGCGGCCUGUUUGUAUGUGGAACAAACGCCUUCAACCCGCUGUGUGCCAACUACACUAGAGACACUCUAGACAUGGUGGGAGAGCCCGUCAGUGGGAUGGCACGGUGCCCAUAUGAUCCACGACAUGCCAAUGUGGCUUUAUUUGCAGAUGGUAGUCUCUUUACCGGCACUGUGACAGACUUCCUGGCCAUCGAUGCGGUGAUCUAUCGUAGCCUCGGCGACAGCCCCGCCCUCCGCACAGUCAAACACGACUCCAAAUGGUUCCGAGAGCCCUACUUUGUGAGCUCCAUGGAGUGGGGGCCUCAUAUUUAUUUCUUCUUCAGAGAGAUGGCCAUGGAGUUUCAUCAUCUAGAGAAGGUGAUGGUGUCCCGUGUAGCUCGUGUGUGUAAGGCAGACCUGGGUGGCUCUCAGCGCGUCCUCGAGAAACAGUGGACCACAUUUCUGAAGGCGCGUCUCAACUGUUCCGUGCCGGGAGAUUCACACUUUUACUUCAACCUUUUGCACGCCACAAGCAACAUCAUCCACAUGCAGGGACGAGAUGUCAUCCUGGGACUCUUCUCCACGCCACCAAACAGCAUCCCUGGCUCGGCAGUGUGUGUGUUCGACAUGCAGCAGCUCGCUCAUGUCUUUGAGGGCCGGUUUAAGGAGCAGAAAUCCCCCGAGUCUAUUUGGACUCCUGUGCCGGACGAAGCGGUGCCUAAGCCGAGACCAGGGGGGUGUGCAGUGCAGGGAUCCAGAUUUAGCUCCUCUACCACGCUGCCGGAUGAGGUGCUGAACUUUGUGAAGACCCACCCACUGAUGGACGAGACCAUACCACUGCUGGGGCACAGACCCUGGAUCGUCAAGACUAUGGGACGUUACCAGCUGACAGCCAUGGUGGUGGACACAGAAGCUGGUCCCCACAAGAACCGUACUGUCUUGUUCCUGGGCUCAACCCGAGGAACCAUCCUGAAGUUUCUAAUGAUUCCCAGUGGAGAUCCUGUCACCCACGGCAGUGUGUUUCUGGAGGAGGUGGAAGGAUUCAACCCAGAGAAAUGUGGCGAGGACUCUCCUCAGGCUCGUCAGCUCUUGUCUCUGUCGUUGGACCGGACCAGUCACAGUCUGCUGCUGGCCUUCCCCUCCUGUCUGGUCCGAGUGCCCACAUCUCGCUGCCACCUGCACUCACGCUGCAUGAAGAGUUGUCUAGCCUCAAGGGACCCAUACUGUGGCUGGACCAGAGGCAGCACCUGCUCCUUCCUGAGACCAGGCACACGGCUGCCUUUUCAACAAGAUGUGGAAUAUGGAAACUCCACGUCCCAUCUAGGAGACUGUGAUGGAAUUCUGCAGCAGAGUUUGCUGAUUGAACCGGAGAGCUUGGUCUCCCUCAACCUGCUCGUGGCGUCUGCAGUCUCUGCGUUCACCAUCGGGGCGGCGCUCUCCGGCCUCGCCGUCUGCUGGAUCAUGGCCCACAAGCCCACCAACCGUCGCCACGGCAACACCUCCCAGUCUUCUAUCCAGCGGCGUGAGAGAGGCCUGCUGACUAAUGGCGGUGGGAUGGGAGGCUCCGUGCUCAGCGUGACACGGCAGGGAGGCGGGGAGCGCCCCUGCUCUCAGGGCGGGGAAACCCUGUUUGUCAUGCCCAAUGGCUGGGUGAAGUCAGGAGAGCUGGACCCGGGUUUCCUGCCAACCCCGGAGCACACGCCCCAGCAGAAACGCAGAGGCCUACGCCUGUCUGACUCCAACUCUGGAGGGUGGGACACAAGCCAGACGUACCUGGGGGGAGGCUCCGUGGGUCUGGGUUCACCCUGCCGCAUUCCCCCCUCCGUCUACCUGACCACCAGACUCUUUCAGCAGGGGGGAGGCGGGAGACACAGUGGUGAGAGCCGGGGGAACGACACGCCACGCCAGCACUAUGUCUGCCUAAGCAAGCAAGAAAAAGCAGUGAAGGGGACGCCCAAAGCUCCUCUCAGGAAGUCUGCAGGAGAAUAUGUAUACCCCAUGACCCCCCAGGACUCGCCUGAGCGUCGGAGGGUGGUCUCAGCACCCAGCGCCCCCAUGGAGUAUGGCGAGCCGCUGCCUUUGCGCUGGCCAGCCCCGGAAGGGUACAUCCUCAGCAGCCAUGGCAUGGUCCCCGUCCCCAUGCCUCAACCCUCCAUGCCGGCUCCCAGUGGCCAGGCUUACGUGUCCCAGCAACACCCCGCCGGGCUGAGCAGGGCUCUGCUGAGAGGAGCCCUGGAGCGAGGGGAGCUGGGCGAGCUGGUGGAUCUCUGCCAGCUGAUGAGUAAGAAGAACUGCAGUGAUAGGACUCAGGCUGGCCAGUGACUCUUGAGGAAAUGAAGUAGACGGGAGCGUUUCCAUGUCCAGAGCUCUCUGUUUAAUUUACACAGAUCUCUCUUUUCUCUUUCCUCCUCAUUCUGUCCUCUCCCUUCUCUUCUCUUUUCCCUACGUCUUUAUUUGUCAUUCAGCCCCUCUGAUCUCCUCUAUCAGUCUCUUAGGCAAACUCCCCAUGAUGAGUCUCUCUUUAUGACCGGCUGCUGGGUCUGCCACUCAUAUCCUGGCUCACACUAAUUGGUCAGAUGGACUGAGGUUGUUGCUGUGUCUGCAUUGCAGAGUUGCCUCUCUCUCCUGCUACUCAACAGUGGGAAGAGGGAGGAGAGAAGAUGGUGGGAAAGAAUGGGGGCCAGAGAUGACGGAGACAAAGAUGGACAUGGCACUUAGAGACUGCCUUCUCUGUGCAGAUUAACUGGGACUGCAGAGCCAGUCAAAUACUGCUACAUGAGUGGGAUGCCUUUUCCCUCUCGGAUACCAUUAACAAGACUGCCACCCAUCUGUUCUCCACUAUAUCACCUGUUGGUCUGAUUGCCAACUAGGUAGGCAAAUUCCGAACAUCGUAAAAGUAUCAGACAAAAAAAUCUGGAGUCAUUCUGACUGUAAACACAAAUCUAAUGGAUGAUGAGGAAACACAAAAUCCUUCUCUCUGUUUCUUUUUCUUUCUCCUCUUCACUGCACACAUACAGUCAGUGCAUACAUGUUUUUGUACAGGUGACGGAGGGUAUGUAGUAUUCUAUGUGUACGAGGAGCACGACGUGUGUGCCAAAUGCCUCUAACCUGUCUCGCAGGGAUAUGGGACCAUAACUCACUUCUUUGGAGAGCAGAGGGCAGUACUGAAAUGUCAGCACUAUUUCUGCCAACCGCAUGCUCUCUGUAAUGACGGCAUCUCAGCCGUCCAUCGCUCUAUUCCUUUGCCUCCUUACACUCCAUGUACUCUUUAAUGACCAAUAAUUCCAUGAGGACGUCUGGGGAGAUUGCACCUGAACACUGGACUGAAUUGUAUCAGAUCGAGACAGAAAGGAAGAGAGAGAGGUGUUUUAAAGGAUUUAAAGUAAAGGCACUGCAAUAUAUGAACACCUUGUCCUUCACUGUCACCUUUGGGAGUUUUUCAAACGCACACACACACACACACACACACACACACACACAUUCAUUAAUGCUGAAUUAUAAAACACAGUCCGGUUUUAUUGGGCCAAAUUUCCCCUUAAGCCCACAGUGUUUCAAGGUCCCACAGACGUGAUACAGAACAAAGUGACAGUUACAGUGGUGAUGAUUGAAACCUCUGGCCUAACUCAAAGCCAAUGGGGGUAAUGGAAAUGUUCCCAGCAGGAAAAUGGGACUAUAUAUUCCGUCCAUCAAAGUGUCCAGUGCCAUGAAAUGGUGAGUGUUUAGAUCAACACAUGUUGUGAGCGCGUUAGCGAAGGAGAUGGAAGUCAUAAAAAAGGUGAAAAGAUAAGAAGACUGAAACAAAGUGAGUGCAACUUGAUGAAACAAACUUGUUAUUAUAACUGACCAGUUGACUUGAUUUUCACGCGAGCAGUCCCAGUCAGUCGCAAGCAAAUGAACGCUGGUUUGUGCUGACCUUGUAGUGAGCAGCAAUAUAUGGUUUAUCUGUACAUAGUAAUCUUUCAUUUAGAUAAAAAUUAUAAUGUAAGACAAACAGUAACUCCAAAAAAAAUGACAUCCGGCACUAGCUUGCAAACAAAAACAUUUAUCAUGUCAGUAUAGCUAUUAAUGUAUGAAAAUCUGUUUUCAUAUAGUCUCAUAUCAACCUGCUUCAAGAGUGAAACCACGAAGACGCCGAGAACUACCAGUGUCUUUUCUUUUUUACAUCUGUGUGCCAAAACCAUGAAUGAUUUACUGAUGCCUGAUUACUGAAGCAAAAAAAAACCCGGAGGAAACUUGUUUUAAAGUGCCAUGAAGACCAUUUCAUUCUUGUCAGCAGUGCACCUCAUGAACUAUGGGGUUGGAGAACUCACGAAUUGCAGUAAACUUGUGAAAUGUAUGCCUUUGGCCUUCACAUGCUGAAUGUUAUAUCUUAUUUUUUUUAUUUAGAUGUCAGCUUGUGUUGUUGAAAUCGUUUGUUUCAGCUCCCCCUGUCUGUGUGUCCAGAUGCUACUGACACUGAGUGCUACCAGCAGUGUUUCAGGGUCUGCUUAUGAACUACUUUCAUGUCACACUUAUAUACUGUAAAUAUGUAAGAAUGAAUACAGACACUUUGUCAUGCCUUUUAUGAUUAUAACGUAAUGUAUUCACUGAUGCCAUGAAAUGUGUUUAUUCCAGAAUAGCCAAUAUGUAAUAAUAUAAAGUAGUUCAUAAGCGAACCUUGAAAUGGAUUGAAAUGCUGCGAGGGAACACUGUGUAUCUCAUUUUGUGUCAUAUCUGUCCUGAUUCUGGACUUGUUCUGUAGUCUAGUGAUUGUCUGUCAUCGCCAACCAACUGCCAUACUGGGGGAUCUUGAAAACUUGUGUGAAUGAAUGUACUCGUUGCUUUUUUGUUUAUAGUCAUUAUACUGUGCAGUAAUAAGGAAAAGCACAAAAAACUUUUCUCUUUUUGUUUUGCAUAAUGAAAAGGGAGCUGUUCUGUAUUAUUUGUGAAUAGUGUAAAUAAUCAUCCUGAAGGUAUAGUGUAUCAGUUGUGGGGGGCUCGUUCAUGCUCUUCUGAGACAGGACUGUGUUUGAAGUGUGGGGUUUUUUUUGUUUUUUUUUGUUCUUCGGUGAGAAUGCUGUGAAUAAGAUGUAUGUACAGUAUUUACGUGACUUUGGCUGACUGCUGAGCUCAGCUGUUUCCUGUUAUUAGAGUAGAGUCGCAGGCCUGAUCUCAGCCAGAACUGAGCCUUCUCAUUUGACUGAUGCCUGCUGAGUUGUUUUUUUUUGCAGCUGCUAAGAUACAGCUGUUAUAAUAACCAUUGAUCUUUGGAGUACUGCUAUUAAAUGGCAUUAUAUAAUU